AUGAGCCCGAUCGGUGAAAGGCGGCCCAAGCUCUUCGCCUACUAUUGCCUGUGCGGCGAGUUUGUGCUAGCAUGUGAUGUGAUGCUAGAGCAACUUCCUCGACGCCCUUUAGAUCAAUCUUAUGUUCUGCGCUGUCUCGAUUCGGCUCCGAGGCAGGAUGGAAGCCGUAGUCUAGCUCCUAUGUACAAAAUCAAUGCUUCGCAAGGGCCUGGCCAAAUCUUGCAACGCACCGACGGUCUCGUUGAACGUCAAUAUGAUUUUCACUGCAUGCGAUGCCAGCUGCCUAUAGGGUACGAGCAUACCCCACCACCCUUGAAGAAUGGCGGCAAGUUUACCUUCUUACUACCGGGGGCACUCACCGAUCAACAGGGAAAAGCACCGCCAGAUGUCAUGCUAGAUGAAAUGGCCAACACGCCAACAUGA